CUCUUGCGAACACCACACGUUCGUGCCGCGUGAAUCGUGCCGUCUCGCUUGCGCACCGCACCGAUGUGCUUCCGCAACUAACGCCAUCGUUGGAGCGAUCUUCUUUUGUCCGUGACCAUUUUGAUCACACAUCGUAAGCAAGAUCUUUUACAGAUCCGUCAGAUUAACCGUGCAUAUACAACAGCAUUGUUUGUAUAUCCAGUCAUCUGGAGGAACGGAGGAUCUCUGCCUACAACAACCCACCCCGUCGUCAUCGUCCCUGGGAGGAUAGUGCCGCGGCAGCAGCAAUCGGAAGAACUCUGCUUCGUUUUUAGCGCCAACCCCCCCGUUGUGCUCUUUUUUCUCUCUCUCUGUGUGCGAGCGUUUGAUCGUUCCCCCCCAAAAACCCCAAUCAAUCAAAAUGACUGAAAUGGAGGACACUCACUUCGAAACCGCCGACUCCGGCGCGUCCCAGACGUUCCCGAUGCAGUGUUCCGCGCUGCGCAAAAAUGGUCACGUGAUGCUGAAGGGACGGCCCUGCAAGAUUGUGGAAAUGUCCACUUCCAAGACUGGCAAGCACGGUCACGCCAAGGUCCACAUGGUCGGAAUCGACAUCUUCACCGGCAAGAAGUAUGAAGAUAUCUGCCCGUCAACACACAACAUGGACGUCCCGAAUGUAAAGCGCGAGGACUACCAGCUGACCGACAUUGACGAUGGCUUCCUGGUGCUGAUGAGCGACAACGGCGACCUGCGUGAAGAUCUGAAGAUCCCGGACGGUGAAUUGGGUACCCAGCUGCGCUCGGAAUUCGAUUCCGGCAAAGAGAUUGUCUGCACUGUCUUGAAAUCAUGUGGCGAAGAGACUGUGAUUGCCAUUAAAAACAACACCUCAGGUGAUAAAAACUAAUACUUCGUUGCCUGUCUAAACAACAACCACAACAACAAACACAACAGCAGCAGCAGCAGUAAAAAAGCAGUAAACGACGGUACCAGAAUCAGCCGUAGCAGCAGCAGCAGCAGCAGCAGCAUCAGCAGUAGGCGCCGGCCACACAUAUUACAGCACUUUCUUAUACCAUCACCACAACAACAACAGCAACUACUACUACUACUACUACAACUCCUCCUGUUGCACCAAGCAGCAAGAAGAGCAACAGCAUUCACCACCACCAGCAGCUAGAAUAUAUAAAGAUAUAAAGAAGAAGGAAAAAACACAAACAAACAAAAAAACACAUUAGAAAUACCAUCUCGUCUCUGAGGUUUACAAAAAAGAAACAAUAAAGGAAAGUUGUUAAACCGACAAAUAACAAACACAGAAAAAGAACAAGGAAGAAAACAAAAAGAAAUUGUGAAACAGAUGUGUGAAACAAUGCGGUAGCAGCAGAUAACAUCAACAAGCAGAAGAAGAAGAACAACAACAACUGCAAAAUGCAUGAUGGCACAAGAAGAACACCAGCAACACACACAAACACAUCCAGCCAGCCAGCCCGCAUCCGCAUCCGCUCUCCCGUCACCACCACCCAUGUGUGCUGUGCACCUCUGGGGGUUUGGAAAGGAAAAACAAAACAUAGUUAUAUAACAUCGUUUCUAUAUUAAAUGGGGGAAAAAAAUGACGACAUUAACAACCACCAACACGACACAACUACGACGGAUUAGCCUUUUUCUCCUUCUAGAGAAACUAGAGAACCACUAUUUCGUUGAGGUUGAGGUUGUGGUCUUCUUUUUACCGUUUUUGAAGACGAAUUUCGUCGAGUGUGGAGUAAUAUCGAGAGAGAGAGAGAGAGUGAGCAAAGGGAUUCAUUUACCAUCCAACUAGCGGAGGAGCGAACGCGGCUGAAGAAGAAUAUAUAAUCCUCAGAAAAUGGAGAUCCCUUGCCGCGGGGGCAUACAAUUUGGUGCAAACACGACGAUAAUCGAUACCAUUAUUGCAUUUUUUUUGUUAGUUUGUUUGUUUUUUCAAACUCUAGAGCAGAAGGAUAGAGAGAGAAAGAAAGAGAGAGAGGAAGAACACGUUGUAUUUGAAACUGAGAAAUGAGGAAGAAAAUACAAUCCCCCCCUCCGUUUUCCACAGAGAAUGCGUUUGCCGCCUCACCAUACAUACACUUACACACCCACACACAUUUACGUUUUGAACAAGGAAAGAAGCUUCGCUGUUUGUAGUUUGCAGAAAGAACCAUGUUGGGAAAGGAGAGGAUCAUAUGGAUUAUGAUGGCGGUGGGGUGGGGGGAAAGGAAAGGGUAACUUUUAACUGCACAGUGCUGGUACACACCGAAUGUGCAAGAUCAAUCUCUCUGUACUGUCGUUCACAAUAGCAGAAGCUUUUGAGAGUGGGUGGUGGUGGUGGUGGUGGUGGUAGUAGGUGGACGCGGAAGUGUAGUAUUGUGCCUCAGAGCAUGAUCAAGCAUCUUCCUCUCCCUAUUCGGCGUUUUGCUUGUUGUUCAGCAAAUCGUGUGGCGACAAGAAUACUAAUCACAAAUAGAGCAUUAGGUGGUGGUGGGAGAUGUGGUAACUUACUACGAGUCGAUGUGACAUGAAAUCCUAAUAAUCAAUCAAGAGAGAGAGAGAGAGAGAGAGAGAGAGAGAUUGCUUUUCCACUUUUUUGCCCACUUACGUUCGUUCCGUUUGGUUUCUUUUUCAUCCCAAAAAAUAGUAUCUUCCUCUCGUCUAACGCUACCUUGUAACGUACUUUGCAUUAAGUGGCUAUAUACAAUCAUUUUUGAAGUAAGAUCGUUUUUUUUCUUUUUCAAAACACGUUCAUUACCAAACGAUCGUGUUUUAGCGUGCACUUUGAAACAUCUUCGAUCCAUGUAAGUGUGUGUGUGUGUGUGUGUGUAUGGUGUCGUAUUCGGUUGAUCUAGUUCAGUAGAGUUGUAAGAGAUCAAGCAAAUUGUUAAAAAACAGGAGAAGAUGUAAUACAAGAACAAAUUACCUUCCCACUGCAAGGAAUGUAGCAAACAAUAGGGAAACGAAAUAGAAAUAACGAUCAUUAUACUACUGUGUGUUCAACAGUGAUUGACGGAAUAGAAAACACAGACACACACACACACACACACACACACACA